AGGGCGUGGGGCGGCCGCCCCGGGGUGCCCGGCCGCGCCGUGCCCCUUCCCCCAGCGCCGGAGCCGCCCUCCCCUCCGCCCCGACGCUGCUGCGUGGGGCCGGGCGGAGACACCCACCGCGGCGGGCGCCUCCUCCCGGGCCGUGCGGCGGAGGAGGCCGCGGCCGGGGGAGGCGGCGCGGCGGGCAAUGGCGGCGGGGCCGCGCUGAGGCGCGCGGAGCCCCGCCAUGAGGCUGCUGCGCGCCCUGCUGCGCGGCGCCGCCCCGGGCAGCAUCCCGCAGCAGGUGGACUUCUACUCGCGCUUCUCGCCCUCGCCGCUCUCCAUGAAGCAGUUCCUGGACUUCGGAUCUGAAAAUGCUUGUGAAAAGACUUCAUUUAUGUUUCUGCGACAAGAGUUGCCCGUAAGAUUGGCAAACAUAAUGAAAGAAAUAAGCCUUCUUCCAGACAACCUUCUAAGAACACCUUCAGUUCAACUGGUGCAGAGCUGGUAUGUCCAAAGUCUUCAGGAGAUCCUUGACUUUAAGGACAAAAGCUCAGAAGAUUCAGGAGCUAUUCAUAGUUUUACAGAUACUGUGAUAAAAAUCCGGAAUCGACACAAUGAUGUAAUUCCUACUAUGGCUCAAGGAGUAAUAGAGUACAAGGAAAGCUUUGGCAUUGAUCCAGUGACCUCUCAGAAUGUGCAGUAUUUUUUAGACCGUUUUUACAUGAGUCGCAUUUCAAUUCGAAUGCUCCUUAAUCAACACUCUUUAUUGUUUGGUGGAAAAAGUAAUCCAGCUCAUCCAAAACACAUUGGAAGCAUUGAUCCUAGCUGCAACGUUGUUGAAGUUAUUAGAGAUGGCUAUGAAAGCGCUAAGAGACUUUGUGAUUUAUAUUACAUGAGCUCUCCAGAGUUCAUCCUUGAAGAGUUGAAUGCUAAAUCACCAGGACAGCCCAUGCAAGUGGUAUACGUACCAUCACAUCUCUAUCACAUGGUUUUUGAACUUUUCAAGAAUGCAAUGAGAGCCACCAUGGAACAUAAUGCUGACCGAUGCAUUUAUCCUCCAAUUCACGUACAUGUCACAUUGGGAAAUGAGGAUUUAACUGUGAAGAUGAGUGAUCGUGGUGGAGGUGUUCCUAUGAGGAAAAUUGACAGACUAUUCAACUACAUGUAUUCAACAGCACCACGUCCCCGUGUUGAGACGUCACGAGCUACACCAUUGGCUGGAUUUGGUUAUGGCUUGCCCAUAUCCCGUCUGUAUGCACAGUACUUCCAAGGAGACCUCAAACUGUAUUCCUUAGAAGGUUAUGGUACAGAUGCAGUUAUUUACAUAAAGGCCUUAUCAACAGAAUCAAUUGAAAGACUCCCUGUAUAUAACAAAGCAGCUUGGAAACAUUAUAAGGCAAACCAUGAAGCAGAUGAUUGGUGUGUGCCAAGCAGUGAACCCAAGGACAUGACCACUUUUCGCAGUAUAUAAUUUUUUUCCUCAAAAAUUCAUAAGCAGACAUAUGUUUGUAAGGGGAAUUUAAAAAAACCUGGGUUAGACAAAGUAGCUAAGCCAUAUUUGAUGCGUGAAAAUAAAUUUAAGUGAAGUAAGAAGCAGCUUAGUUCAAAUGACUUUUCUGCCAGUAUGCAGAAGAAUUAAAAACUUUGCAUACUUUCAGUUUUUUGAUAAAGAAGGUCACACUUAAUUUGUUCCACCUUCUAUUUAUGACUUCUUUCAGUAGCUAAAUCUAGGGAGCAGUAAUUUCAGGUCUUAUAGGGACCAAUGCAGCCUAUUUCAUAUCUAAUGAAAUGAGGGUAAUUCAUGCAAUUACAAAAUUCUUUUAAUAGAAGAACUAUUGAAAGUUCACCAGAGGAAGUUUGUCAUUAUAGAGCAUACCAAAUUAAUGAAAAACCCAUAUAAGAACUAUUAAGCUCAAUGCUGUACCAUUGCAGCUGUAUGGCGCUUUUUAUUCCUUGAUUCUUAAGCAUGCUGACGUCUAAUUUUCUGAAGUUAGAAAUUUUGCCUAAACUUUAUACUUCAGAGUUUUUUGCAGCUGUAGAAAUAACCACUUUUGGGUCUGCGGAAGUUUAAAAAAACAAAAAACCCCAAAACAGUUUUAGCUGCUGCCACUGGUAUAAUGUAUCUCAGGUAUGCGGUAUUAGUCAUAUUUCUUUAUAUUACUUGGUUGUAAUGUGAAUAUUUAAUACAUGUGAAAAAUUUAUCUUGCCAUGAUCAUUGUGAACUAGCAAAUAGUGUUGGCUUGUGUACAGUAAAUAUAUAAUGUCUUACAAUGUUUGCUUAUAUUUCUGUAGGUAAUACCAAAACACAGUAUCAAUAUUAUAGUACCAGUAAGAUUUCAGGCUCUGGGGAAUGUCAGGUUACAGCUGUAAAUGAAUACUAUUUUUAAGAAACAAAUAGAUUUUUAAUAUUUGCCCUUACUAGGGCAUCUGUUACUUUGACAGUAGAAGCUAGCUUCUCAGGAGUAUUUUAAAAAAUGUGGAAUUAACAAUUUUGAAAAUCCCUUUGUAUUUGUGAUGUGAUUCUAGCCUUGUUUAUGCAAUAAUUUUAAGUCAGACUAUAACAUAGCAGGACGUGUCUAUCAGUCAAAGGCAUAUUGUCAAAACAACAUAUUGGGGAGGAGAAUGAGUAUUACAUUUCAGGUACACAGUCCUUCUCUAAUGAAGGACAACUUCUCUUGAUGCCUACUGUGCUAGUUUUGUUCAAAUCAUGCACAUUUAUGUUGCACCUUUGAUUCCUAUCAUUCCUGAACAUUUUGGCAACAAUGCAGUUAAAAGAUGUUUAAAAUCUCAGCCUUUUCCUCAGAUAACUCAUCACAAAUACUUCUGAGAUUCAGUAUUAGCAGACACGCAUGAUCCCUCUCAGAAAGAAUAAGCCUAAAAAUUUUGCUAGUUUACAAGAUCAGCUCAGAGAAAAGGAUGAGAGAGAUACUACCACAAGUGAAGGGAAUAGCUGUAAAGCUUAAAUCAUGCUAUUCUAGUUGUAGCUGAGCCAGAUUAAAGGUUAUCACCAACUCACACCUACAGCCUUCCUAGCCCAGUUCUGCAAAACAACAAAAUAGUUUUUAUAGCCUGUUCAAGCUAACAUAGGUCACUUUAACAGGAAUGAAUUGCAGAAUGACUACAUUUGCAGUUGCACUGAUACUCUGAGGGAAGAUUAAUCCAUCUUAAUGGCAACCUGAACAGCACAUUUAACUGUUCCACUAAAGCUUGUGUGCACCUAGAGAAGUCCCUUGUUUACUUACCUUACAAGGAUGCGAGGUGAUGACUGUUUGAGGUACCUUUCAAACUGCAUGGCUACAAGGGGGGAGAAUCUAUAGCAGCUUCCAUCUUCAAAGUGCAUUCACUGUAAAAUGUGGCAUUUGUAAAAGUUGGAGGAAAUGUUUGCAGCUGUUGUUUUUGCUAUAAACCAAAGCUGAAAGUUAUAGCAAGGGAUUUAAAAAACUCAACUCUGAAGCUGAACUUUAUUCUAGCUUUUCUGCUAAGUUUUAAAUGUUAAACUGUUUAAAUAACUUAUUUGAACUGAUUUUAGUAAUACCUGAGACGUAUAAGAAAUUUUUGUGAAGAAAAGCUACAACAAUUUGUUUCUUAGGAAAUCUAUCAAAAGAUUCCAUAUGGUAUUAUUGAAAUAAAAACCUUUUCAUGCUGUCUCAGCUAGCUACAGAUUGAAUUCUGAUAUUAGAGUAAGUUACCUGUAAUUAUACUUUAUUUUUCCCCUUCUUCCAAUGAUUGUGGUGAAAACAGGGAAGUAUAUUUUGGUUUACAAUGUUUAAUCCUACUCAUAGGUUUAAUCUAUUUCUUUUGAUUUACAUAGAUUAUAGCCUCUGGUUCAGAAGAUGGAUUUUUUUUUUAAAAAAAAACAUUUUCAUUAUUGUAUUGAAGUCAUUGUUAGCACACUGGUUAAAGUGAAUCAUUGUAGAAAAGUAGUCUAAUAGCCCAACUAUCAAAAUGCUGAGAUUAAUAGUUUCGAAUGAAAAUGACCUCAGUCUUGCACUGUGAAAUUAAUCUUGGUUUACGUUAACUUAAUUUUUUGAAAGAGUCACUACAUUUAUUCAAUAAAAUUUAUUUUAAAAAUUA